UAUGGGAGGAGCUGUCAGCUUUACACUCGCGGUUCCUCAAAUAACUUCAUGCAGUGAGCGGAAGAUCGGCCACAAGUUCAGAAGUUGUCAGGCUUCGCGCUCAUUUACAGUCUUUUCUUUAUUGUCGUGAAAACGAAGAUCAGUGACCCAUCUAUCCCAGGAAGGAAUCAUACUCAACAAACAAGGAGUUAGCCUACUAAUCGCGGAUCACAUGGAAACUCAACCACUUUUGACGGAAAGCAUUAACCAGGGCCCUAUAGAUUAUGGCUCGCACUUUGAAGAUGGAAACCAUGGGUCAUUAAACAAUGAUGCUGAUGAUGAUGAUGUCUACAUACAACAAGCUGUCAUAUUCCUUGAAGAUGCUAUACAGUAUCGCUCAAUCAACCAUCGUGUGGAUUCUCGUUCACUGCAUUUAUACAGAUGGUACUAUUCAAGGCUCUGCCAGUGGGGUCUAGGUACCACCAUAGCAGUCAUCCUUGGUCUGGCCUUUUUUGAGAGGCCCUCUUCCUGGUCCCAUACAUCUGAUCCACGACAUCGGCCCUCACCUUGGGAGCCAGCUUGUGGCCUGACUGAGAGCAUAGAGAUGGUGUGCCUCUGCAUCUUUGUUGUGGAUUUUGCUGUGAAGAGUUACCUUAUUGGUUGGGAUGAGUUUCGGAAGACCAAGUGGCUUAUUGGCUACAUCUUAGCCAUCGCAGCUUCAAUCAUUGACUGGACUUUGUCGCUAAGCAUGCUGUGUGAGGAGACCUUGCGAAUUCGGAGACUUCUCCGUCCAUUCUUCCUACUGCAAAAUUCCUCCUUGAUGAAAAAAACCUUGAAGUGCCUCAAAAGAACACUUCCAGAAAUGGCAAGUGUGAUCCUGCUAUUGGCUCUUCACCUGUGCCUUUUUACAAUGUUUGGUAUGUUGCUCUUCGCCAAAACAGAGAAUCCAGAGUACAAUGGAGAGUGGGAAAGCUACUUCAGAGACCUGCCAACGUCUCUCUCUUCAUUACUUGUGCUACUCACUACUGCAAACAAUCCAGAUGUUAUGAUUCCAGCAUACUCUCUAAACAGAGGAUAUUCCAUCUUCUUCAUUCUCUUCAGUGUAUUUGGAACAUAUUUUCUGAUGAACUUACUCACUGCCAUAAUAUACAACCAGUUUAGGGGGUACCUGCUGAUGUCUAUCCAGACAUCCAUUCAUAGGAGGCGUUUGGGUAUUCAGGCAGCUUUUGUGGUCCUUUGCUGCCAUGGUCACACCAAAAGACUAACAGGAGAGCAACAUGAGCAAGUUCAAGUGGCAGCUGUGUUAGAGGUGAUACAGCGGGUGCAGAUGAAAUCUUACUAUAGACAGGCCAUCAUUAAGAAAAUACCUGCUGAUAGCUGCAUGACAGGGGAGGCCUUUCAGAGAUUGUUUGAAGAGCUGGACAAGGAUCAGAUAAAAGAGCAUCCUCCGAAACCAGAAUACCAUCAGCUGUACUUACAGCGGCUACAAAGUGUAGUCUGUCACUAUUCUGUCACUGUGUUGGGCAAUGCCCUGGCUCUGGCUAAUGUCAUCUGCAUAUGUACUGUUUUAGUUCUGGACUCUGAAAAAACAGUUACAGAGCGUGAUGAUUAUUUAGAGGUCAUCAAUUGUGUAUUUAUUUUAUUUUACCUUUUGGAGAUGGCACUAAAAAAUAUUGCUCUUGGUUGGAGAGGUUACCUGUCCUACAAAAGUAAUAUCUUUGAUGGGAUGCUCACCAUUUUACUCUUGAUGCUUCAGAUUUCAAUAUUUGCCACAUACAAGCUUCCAUUUUUUCACCGGAAAGAAAAGCAUGGCCUCAUGUCUCUGUGGGAGAUGGUUCGUCUGAUCAACAUGCUUAUUGUUUUCCGUUUUCUAAGGAUCAUUUCUGACAUAAAGUUAAUGGCUUUGGUGGCAAGUACUUUAGUUGACUUGGUGAAAAAUCUACGGGCUUUUGCAGGAAUCCUUGUGGUGGUUUACUAUGUUUAUGCUGUUCUUGGGAUUUGGCUGUUCCAAGGGGCUAUAUCUCCACCCGCCAAUGACAGCAUCUUCAAUUCAACCAUGGAAAUCGUGUCAGCAAACUACAGCAUGGAAUGUGGUACAUAUGAACAACUGGAAUACUGGCCCAACAACUUUGAUGACUUUGCAUCGUCUCUGGUCCUGCUGUACAAUAUCAUGGUAGUGAAUAACUGGCACGUGUUCACAGAUGCCUACACUCGAUAUACCACAGAAUGGUCAAAGGUUUAUUUUGUCUCUUGGUGGUUGAUCUCCUCUGUAAUGUGGGUUAACCUGUUUAUCGCCCUAAUACUGGAGAAUUUCACCUACCGCUGGGACCACAGCCAUGCCUUCACUGUUGUGGAUGUAGAGCGAACAGCCUACCAGACCUCAGUCCAACUCAUGUUCAGAGAGCAUGUCCAGGAACCCACAGAGGACCAGCUGAUGGCCACGCUUCAGCAGCACCCUCAUUUACAUCUUACUUUGUGAUAUAACAUACUAUUCAUGGUGAUUGGCAUUCUGAAGUUAUUUCAACUGGUCCCUAUCAAUUAGCUUUGUGGAGCUACUCAGGGUAGAGGUGCCAGUGCAAAAUCUGAAUCUGGAUAUUGGAUAUGCAUAUCAGAUAACACAACCCACAACCCAAUAGUCUGAUACAAAACAGUUUGAGUUAUGUGUGUGACAUUGGGGCAUUUGUAUUAAUGGGUGCUUUGUAUAGACCCUUAUGAAUCUUAUGAGUCUGGUGAUAUGAAUUGACAUGAUUGACAUGAUAUUUACUCUUUAGAAAGUUUUAAACAAAGUUUUAAAUGUCUUUUGUUUUGCUGAGGGUGGGAGCAUGUCAUACAUUUAUUUUAAAAAUCAACGUUCAUGUACCAAAUAAACUGAAUUGCAUUUCAUAUAACCAAAUGCAUAUUUUUUUCAUUAUGCUUUAUUAUUUUGCUUUACUGAUAUCAUGGAACUAUUGUUACUUCAGCAGAGAGAGUAGACCAUUGGAUAAACUUGAAAAUGUUGUUGCAGGUGAUGUACACAGCUUAUUUAAAUAAAAAAGAAAGGGCCAAAUGAUACCUGAUAUCUGCAAAAUAUGUGCCAUUUAAAUGUAAUUUCAUAAAUAAUUGUUUAAUUAUGAAUUUUAAGUAAUAUCAAUCAAACUGAAGUUUUUUGAUUAGAUUUAUUUGUACUUAAAGGUGCUCUAAGCGAUGCCACACGUUUUUUAGGCUAAAACAUGUCACUUACUGCAAACAUCACCUAACCAACCGCUAGCUGUCUGUGUCCUGAAUACACUGUAAAAAAACGCGAUCUCUGUGGACAGCCCAGGCUCCAAAAACGGCAACAAAAACAACCUGGGCAAACCUAGCCCAUAAGAACAUAACAAACGGUUCCAGCAAAUGACAGAUGAGAUGCGCGUUUAGGAGAGUUUCAAUCGCACGGGAGCAGUACGGGAGGGAGGGGGAGGAAGUAGCAAGCUAGCUCUCUGUUUUGUUUGAAAGUCCCAGCAUCGUUUAGAGCACCUUUAAUUUAAACCAACCAAAUUCAGUUUGACUGAUAUUA